GCGUCAAGAUGCCCCUGCUUGUACCCACCAAGAAAGACUGUGUCGUUGUUGUGGACCCGUUCUCGACGGGCUUAUGCCUUGCACAAGACGUGAUGCGCCGCGGGUAUGCUUGCAUUGCCGUGUACAGCGAAACCGAGGAAGUGUUUGCCGAUUGGAUGGCGACGCUGUCGGCGGACAUGCGCAAGUCGUUUGCUGGCGAAGUGUUUCAUGAUGGCUCGGACGAUUCGGAAGAGGAAUUGCGACGCGUCGUCAAUGGCAUCCUUUCAUUCGGGUACAACGUGGUCGGCGUCAUUGUCGGGGCAGAGCCUGGUGUGCAAUUGUGUGAUCGCCUCUCCGAGUACAUGCGUCUAGUCACGAACGGGUCGGCAGGGUCUGAAGGCCGACGCAAUAAAUACGUGAUGGGCGAAAAGAUUCGAUCGGCGGGCAUGCGUGCCGUGAAGCAGUGCUUGGCGUCGUCAUAUGAAGUGGCUGAGGAAUUUAUUAAGUCGAUGUUGAAGCCCCAACCCUUUCGUGUCAUUGUCAAGCCCGUCGACAGUGCCGGCAGCGAUGAUGUGACGCUAUGCACAUCGUUGGACGAAGUGCGCUACUGCUUCCGCAACGUGAUUGGCAAGAUCAACCACCUCGGUAUUGAAAACACCAGUUUGCUCGUGCAAGAGUACUUGGAAGGCACAGAGUACGUCGUCGACACAGUCUCCCGCAACGGAGAACACAAGGUCGUGGCGGUGUGGGAGUACGACAAGCGAUGCGCCAAUGGUGCGGCCUUCGUGUACUAUGGUGCGCUUUUGCGUGAGGCCAAAGGCGACGUCGUCCUGUCGAUCGUGGAAUACGUUUUCAAGGUAUUGGAUGCGCUGGACAUCCAGCAUGGCCCGGGCCACGCAGAAGUCAAAUUUGUGCGAGGCGAACCGUGCUUGAUUGAAAUUGGUGCGCGUUGCCAUGGGCGUGAAGGCACGGACAUGCCUAUUCUGGACCGUUGCCAAGGUUACAAUCAAGUCGGUGCGACGGUGGACGCUUACUUUGACAAGCAAGCAUUCCAGGCGCUUCCAAAGAUGCCGACAAACUUGAAGGCGCACGGAAUCAAGACAACACUGGUGUCGUACGAGCAUGGUGUGCUUCAUUCUAUGCCCGGAUUGUCGGAGAUUGAGUCGAUGCCAUCAUUCGUGGACAAGAAAAUUCGGCACACAGAGGGAGUGAAAAUGGCGCCCACUAUUGACAUGUUUACAACUCCUGGGUGUGUGCUCAUGGUGCACCCGGACGCGAAUGUGUUGACCCAAGACUACGAACGCAUUCGCGCGCUAGAGGUGAAAGGGUUGUACAAGUUGAAGAAGGAACCGGAGCACCCUCCCAAAUCCAGCGCGAUCAAGGGACUCUGCAGUGGCGGGAUCAAAAUGGACGUGCACCACAUUCCCGUCGCGACAUCGUAAGCGAUGAGGGCUCUUGCUAGACCAGCGCAACAAACAGCACGCAUGGCCCUCCUUGUGAGGAGCAAUGGCCAUAUUUAAUGUUGAAUGUGGUUUUGCAUCAUGUUGAA